AUGGAGACGACGCCAACGACGACGACGGGUGGACUAGCGAGAGCGAAAUCAGAUCAACUGGUGGAGAUAGUGACGAGGAAGUCGCCAGGCAGAACUCUGUCGAGUGAAGCAGUGGUGCUGGAGAGUGGUGCCACCCUUUCCAGGAAGUCGAGUUAUGGGAAGCGCUUCUCCGCAGCAGCAUCGCCGGGGCAAAGCGGAGGGAACAGCAGAACCCACUUAAGGAAGUCCAGGAGCGCACAACUGAAAGUGGAUUUGGACGAGGUGAGCAGCAGCGCCGCCCUCAGCAGGGCUUCCAGCGCCAGCUUGGGCUUCUCUUUCUCCUUCACCGGCUUCACCAUCCCUCCCGAAGACAUUGCCGAAUUUAAAGCUUUCAGCGACGAUGAAAUCAUCCCGGAGGAUAUCGAGACUGGCACUCGCAAGAAGGUUCCUCCAGAGCCAACAUGGCCAAUUUAUCUCAAGUUCACAGAUGUGGCAUACAAAUUAGUUCUUAAAGGUGUCAGGACAACAGUAGAGAAGGAAAUCUUGAAUGGCAUUACAGGUUCAGUGAGUCCAGGAGAAGUUUUGGCAUUAAUGGGACCAUCAGGCAGCGGGAAGACCACCCUCCUUAAUCUCCUUGGUGGAAGAUUAAGUCUACCUGCUCAACGUGACUCUAUCACUUACAAUGAUCAGCCAUAUUCCAAGUCCCUAAAACGCAGGAUUGGAUUCGUGACCCAAGACGAUGUUCUAUUUCCUCACCUUACAGUGAGAGAAACAUUAACAUAUGCAGCUCUUCUGCGAUUGCCAAAAAUACUGACAAGACAACAGAAAGAAGAACGAGCCAUGGAUGUCAUCUAUGAGCUCGGCUUGGAGAGGUGUGAAGACACAAUGAUUGGAGGGUCCUUCGUGAGGGGAGUUUCAGGUGGUGAGAGGAAAAGGGUAUGUAUCGGCAAUGAGAUUCUAAUCAACCCUUCACUUCUGUUUCUCGACGAGCCAACCUCUGGCUUGGAUUCAACAACAGCUCUUAGAAUUGUUCAGAUGUUACAAGACAUUGCUGAGGCUGGCAAAACAGUGGUGACUACUAUCCAUCAGCCAUCCAGCAGACUGUUCCACAAGUUUGACAAAUUGAUCCUUCUCGGGAAAGGGAGCUUACUCUACUUCGGAAAGGCAUCAGAAGCAAUGGCUUAUUUCUCAUCCAUAGGAUGCUCCCCUCUCAUUGCCAUGAACCCAGCAGAAUUCCUGCUAGAUCUAGCAAAUGGAAAUAUCAAUGAUGUUUCUGUACCAUCAGAAUUAGAUGAUAAAGUACAGAUGGGAAACUCAGACACCGAAACAAGAAAUGGGAAGCCAUCCCCAACAGUUGUGCAUGAGUACCUUGUUGAGGCCUAUGAGACAAGGGUGGCGGACAACGAGAAGAAGAAGCUCAUGAUGCCGAUACCCAUCAAUGAAGAAAUCAAGUCAAAGGUAUCUUCUCCAAUGAGAGAAUGGGGGGCAAGCUGGUGGGAACAGUAUUCCAUCCUGUUUUGGAGAGGCCUCAAAGAAAGGCGGCAUGAUUACUUAAGCUGGUUGAGAAUCACCCAAGUUGUCGCCACCGCUAUUAUUUUGGGUUUGCUCUGGUGGCAGUCAGAUGGUACUACCCUGAAAGGACUCCAAGAUCAGUCAGGAUUGCUGUUCUUCAUCGCUGUCUUUUGGGGCUUCUUUCCUGUUUUCACAGCAAUCUUCACAUUCCCUCAAGAAAGAGCCAUGAUAAACAAGGAACGAGCAGUUGACAUGUACAGAUUAAGUGCAUAUUUUAUUGCUAGGACAACUACCGACCUGCCACUUGACCUCUUCCUACCUCUAGCUUUCCUUCUCGUUGUUUACUUCAUGGCAGGCUUGAGAUUGAGUGUUGGUCCAUUUUUCCUAAGCAUGCUUACUGUGUUCCUCUGCAUUAUAGCAGCUCAGGGGCUUGGACUGGCUAUUGGUGCUAUGCUGAUGGAUGUAAAGAAGGCAACAACUCUGGCUUCUGUAACUGUGAUGACAUUCAUGUUGGCUGGUGGCUUUUUUGUUAAGAGAGUUCCAGAUUUUGUGUCAUGGAUCCGUUACAUUUCUUUCAACUACCAUACUUAUAGGCUUCUUCUCAAGGUGCAGUACAAUCAUAUCACUCCUGCCAUAAAUGGAAUGAAACUGGACAAUGGUUUGACAGAAGUAGUUGCCCUGGUUAUCAUGGUUUUCGGAUACCGUAUCCUGGCAUACCUUUCAUUGCGGAGAAUGAAACUCUGAUUUUGAGUUUGAAUGAACUAGGAUUAAGAGCAAUAGAGAGUUAUGAACAAUCAUUUGAAAUCACCUUUCACAUUUUCGCUUCUCAGUGACCUUAUGGAAGAGGGUUGAGUGAGCGGGAAAAAAAACACCAAGUAGUAGUAGAUAUCCAACUCUCAAAGGCUUUUUUCUGAUAAUGGGUAUAAAUUUGUAUUGGAGAAACUGGAUACAAUAUUAUUGGUCACAGCCUACGAAAGUAAUGUCUUUUUUAAGGUAAAGAACCUUUAGGAUGUCUUGGGAUUAUCUCUCUAUCCUUUUCCAGAUUUCGUUCCUUCCAUUUACAGUUGUAACUCCAUAUGUACUGAAUUUGAAUAUGAAUUCCUGGAA